AUGGACGGAAAAAGGAUUCCUGUUUGCCUCUCCGUCUACUUCUUUCUCUUCGCCGUUACCAUCUCCGUCACACUCUCCGACCACCUCCAACACCAGACCUUCGUCCUUACCUCACUCCCCACCCCCCAGCCGCAAACCCUCUCCUCGGCCCCUCAGCAAAUCUCCAAAUCCGAAUCCGAACCCGAAUCAGAAUCCACACUCACCGUCUUGCUCCACCACGUCGACAACCUCCACGCCGCCCCCAACUCCACCCCGGAGUCCCUCUUCCAUCUCCGGCUCCGCCGCGACGCCGUCCGCGCCUUUACCCUCUCCGCCAUCGCUUCUUUCUCCUCCCGUGCCAACGUUUCUGGCAAACCCCGACCCGCCGCCGCCGACUUCAGCAGCUCCAUCGUCUCCGGCCUCUCCCAGGGCAGCGGCGAGUACUUCACCCGGAUCGGGGUCGGCACGCCGCCCCGGUACGUUUACAUGGUCCUCGACACAGGUAGCGACGUCGUCUGGGUCCAGUGCUCCCCCUGCCGCAAGUGCUACUCCCAGACUGACCCUCUUUUCGAUCCCAGAAAGUCCACUUCCUUCUCCGGCGUCUCCUGCGCCUCCCCCCUCUGCCGCCGCCUCGACUCCCCGGGCUGCAACAACCGCCGGAAGUGCCUCUACCAGGUCUCCUACGGCGACGGCUCCUUCACCUUCGGCGAGUUCUCCACCGAGACGCUAACCUUCCGGAGGACCAAGGUCCCCGCCGUCGCCCUCGGCUGCGGCCACGACAACGAGGGCCUCUUCGUCGGCGCCGCCGGCCUUCUUGGACUCGGCCGGGGUCGCCUCUCCUUCCCCACCCAGGCCGGCCCCCGGUUCGGGAGAAAAUUCUCUUACUGCCUCGUGGACCGGUCGGCCUCGUCCAAGCCGUCGUCCAUGGUGUUCGGUGGCUCGGCCGUCUCCCGGCGCGCCGUAUUCACGCCGCUGGUGGCGAAUCCCAAGCUCGACACGUUCUACUACGUGGGCCUGAAUGGGAUUUCGGUGGGCGGCGCCCGGGUGCCCGGGAUCACGGCGUCGCUCUUCCAGCUCGACAGCACGGGCAACGGGGGCGUGAUCGUGGACUCGGGUACGUCCGUGACCAGGCUGACCCGACCCGCAUACGUGGCGCUGAGGGACGCGUUCCGGGCAGGGGCCUCCAACCUGAGAACCGCCUCGGAGUUCUCCCUCUUCGACACGUGCUUCAACCUAUCCGGGAAGACGGAGGUCAAGGUGCCGACGGUGGUCCUCCACUUCGGCGGCGGCGCCGACGUGUCCCUGCCGGCUUCGAACUACCUCAUUCCGGUGGACGGCGACGGCAAGUUCUGCUUCGCGUUCGCGGGCACGAUGAGCGGGCUGUCCAUAAUCGGCAACAUUCAGCAGCAGGGCUUCCGGGUCGUGUUCGAUCUGGCGGCGAAUAGGGUCGGGUUUGCACCCAGAGGUUGUGAUUAA